GCCUAGCACAUUUGUUUGCCCGUCAGUCAAACUCGCUGCGGCUCCAUGCGGCCACUCCCGGCGUUCACGAUCUCCCGCCUCGCCGCCGUCCGCGCGGACCCCUGCGGCGUCCCGCUCCCCGUCUUCAACUCUCUCCUCUCCAGCCUCGCCACCUCCGACCCCUCCCACGCGCACCUCCCGCUCCACCUCUUCCGCCGCCUCCUCCUCCUCCGCGCCCGCCGCCCGGACGCCUUCACGCUCUCCUCCCUCGCCUCCUCCUUCCUCCCCCUCCACCCCUCCCGCCCCCGCUCCCACGCCGCCGCCUCCCUCCACGCCUUCUCGCUCCGGCUGGGCCACCUGCACGCCGACCCCGUCCUCACCAACUCCAUCCUGCUCCUCUACCUCCGCUCGCCCCACCGCACCCCCGCCUCCGGCACGGCGCUCCGCCUGUUCGACGAAAUGCCCGCCCGCACCGCCUCCACCUACAACACGCUCAUCUCCCACGCCCCCGCGGGCACCGACCUCCGGUCCCUGGCGCGCCGCAUGAUCGCGGACGGGCUCUGCCCGGACAGGUUCACGGUCUCGGCGCUCCUGUCCGCGUGCGCGUCCGAGCGCGACGGUAGGGAGCUGCACUGCUUCGCCGUCAAGCGCAGGAUGUGCGGUGACGGCGAUUUCCACGUCAGCAGCGGGUUUGUCUCCAUGUACUGCAGGGUCUCCCGGCCAGGCCUUGCGCGCUGGGUUUUCGACAGGAUGCAGCAGAGGAAUGUCGUCUCGUGGACCGCCAUGGUGGGAGGGUAUGCGGAGAAUGGCAUGUUUGAGGAUGCCGUGAAGGCUUUCCGGGCAAUGUGGGUGGUUGAUGGUAUUCUGCCGAAUAGGGUCGCGUUGAUCAGUGUGCUCUCGGCUGUCGAGGGCCUCAUGGGCUUAGCAGAGGGUAAGCAAGUGCAUGGUUUCGCCGUGAGGAUGGGGCUAUACGGGGAGGUGUCCCUCAACAAUGCUUUGGUUGAUAUGUAUGCAAAGGGCGGAGCCUUGCGUCAUGCAAGGCGCAUUUUCGAUGAUGGUACUUGGCACAAAGAUGUCAUCUCAUGGGGUUCAAUGGUGCUUGGUUAUGGCCUUCAUGGUAUGGGUACGGAAGCAGUUGCCUUGUUUGAUCAGAUGCAUGCUUCUGGGGUUAAGCCAGACAGCAUAGUUGGUCUGGGCGUGCUUUCCGCGUGCUGCAGGGCAGGAAUGGUGUUGAAGGGACUCGAGAUAUACAACUCCCUGGUGAAGGAUCACAAAGUCCAUCCAACCGUGGAGAUGUCUGCUUGCGUAGUUGAUUUACUGGGGCGUUCUGGGUUGAUUGACCAUGCCUUGGACUUCAUAAAGUCAAUGAGCAUAGAGCCAGGCCCUAGUGUAUGGGGAGCACUUCUGGAUGCCUCUGUUAUUCACAGUAACAAAGAAACUCAAGAUUUGGCUUGCAGGUCUCUUCUUAGAUUGGAAGAAGAGAGCUCAUCAAAUCUUGUCUCGGUAUCUAACCUACACGCCUCUUCUGGUAGGUGGAAUAUUGUUGAACAAGUGAGGGCAAAGAUUAAACACGGAACAUUGAAGAAAACACCUGGUCGCAGUUGGGUAAAUGCAGCAACAUAGUGACUAUCACUAUGCAUUGGAAUGAAUUGUUCAUGACUCUUUCAGUGGUUCAGAGCUCUACCAGCGCACACAAACUGGCUAUGCUCUGGAAUCAUUGGCAUUGUACAGCACCACAUCAGCACAAAUUGUACCACUGGCAGUUAAAAGAGCAGAGCUGCUGUACUUCCUCUACUCUCAUACAUGUACAUUCAGGAGGUGGUUAUUACAGCAAACAAAGUGCCUCUGCAACAACGGUGUGGUUGUUUGCAAUGUUCACUCUACCCAUGUACUCUUACACCAGGAUCAGUAACUGAGUUGCUAGAUGAAUGAUGAGUUGACAGCAGAACCAAGGAUGGUCCAAAAGAACAUUCUAAGCAUAAGAAACUCCAAGAACCUAACUUCCCAAGAGCACUAGACCAAGAGCCACUGACCAGAAAAGAUCCAGAAAAUUUUGGAGAACAUAUAGCUUUAGAAAGAGACCAUUAAAGAAUGCUCAAAUGGUGUGUAUGACCAUCGACUGAAAUGAGCUUGCACCAGUACUCACUUUAUAUGCAGCUGGGGCUGAAGACUUGAGUUUGCAGGUCUUUGUUUGUCAACAGAACAUAUAAAGAGUCUGUAUGGUGGUAGCUUCCUUGUUGCAAGUUCCACUGGGGCCUCUGUAGCUCGCAAACUUAACCCAAGCGGUAAUUUUGCCUUUGGGGAAAGACAGCUCUACUUUUGCUGCUACACUGCCAUCAUUUGAGAUACUUCUAUCCACUGGGGACUCCAAGUCUUUGAAAGAAGGCCGGAUGAGGAUCUCUGACUUCUAUCCAGAGAGCCUCGUUAAGUCGGAUGCCAAGUUGGACAGUAAGUCGGAUUGUCCGACUUGGCUGCUGUUGACUGAAGUGCUUCCCUUGCAGGAAGCUCAAGUAGGAAUGAAGUCACCUCGGUUUCGAUGGCGCGUGCACGAGCCCUUGUCGCUGGACCACUUGGAGCUCGAGGGGUGGUUGGUGGGUUGAUGUUAAUGUCCAAGGGGUGCUCCGCAUCUCCAUCCCCAUGAAUAAUAUGCUUACAUCUACAAUUUUCUAUUCAUUCAAAGAAAACAUGUACUACCUGUGAAAUUUCUUUCUGUGUGCAUCUUUCCCAAAAGAAUGGGCAGUUAGCCCUGUCUGACAUCAAUCAAAAUACAUCCAUCAUUAUUGUAUGAAUCAUUAUAUAGUAGUGCUUUCGCUAUAAUGUAGUACACAUUGUUAUUACAAUUCUAGUUUACUUUUAUCAAAUUUUAACCGCAACAUUCAUAUA